GCCCACUUUCUCUUCUUGGUCCCCUACCGAGCAUGGAUGAUCUCGAUGAUGAUAUCCCGACUCUCAUCGACCACACUACAUACGCCGUUGAAACGCAUCACUCAGAAACAUCUGAGAAAGUGCCUUUGACCAUCAUAUCCGGAUUCCUUGGAGCAGGCAAAUCAACUCUGCUCAAACGGAUCCUGACUGAGCAUCAUGGAUUUCGCAUCGCGGUAAUCAUGAACGAGUUUGGAGACACGGCGGAUAUCGAAGCGAAGACGAUCAACGUUUCAUCAGAAGAGGGCGCAGAAUCUGAAGAAUUCCUCGAGUUGGCCAAUGGAUGUCUAUGCUGCAGUAUCAAGGACACUGGCAUUGCGGCUAUCGAGAAACUGAUGCAACGGAAGGGUGGUUUCGACCACAUUCUUCUAGAAACUACGGGACUAGCCGAUCCAGGGCCCAUCGCGUCUUUAUUUUGGCACAACGAGGAAUUUGCAACCGGUCUCGGUAAAAGCAUCGCUCUGGAUGGUGUUAUCUGCGUUGUGGAUGCUGUUUUUGGAAAACAACAAAUGGCUGAGGACCACAGCUCUGAAACAGUGGGCGAAAGUGUUAGGCAAAUUGCAUGUGCAGACGUCUUGAUCCUCAACAAAAUCGACCUCGCCACUGUUGAAUUGGUCAAAGAGACGACAGCGUUGAUGCGCGCCGUCAACCCGGUUGCCCCGAUCUAUUUGACCGAAAAGGCCCAGAUCGACGUCGGGAAAAUACUGGGGCUGAAGGCAUAUGCCAGUGCGCCUGCAUUUGCGAGCACUCAAUACGACAGCAAGCACGACCACGGGCAUGAUCCUGGACACGAUCACGAGCAUGACCACAAAAGUCAACCCAACCACACAGCCACUCAUUAUGAACUGCGAGGAAUAUCGAGUCUGCUUGUUCCCGUGCCUAUUCUCACAACCGCACGCCUUGCUGCACUGGAUAAAUGGAUUCAAUCCGUGCUCUGGGACCAGCAUCUUCCGGAAUCGGGAUCAGACUCCAACGAGCUUCUUGUCCUGCGAUGUAAAGGACUAUUCUUGGUAGAAUCCGGGGCCCAAUUCGUGCUUCAGGGUGUUAGGAACAUGUACGAUCUCACCGAGAGUAGCUCACGAGACGCAGUUGGUGUUCCAGACCAGGGCAAGUUGGUCCUUAUCGGUAGUGGACUGACCGACGCGGUUAGAGCCAGUCUGGAACUUGUUGUAGGAACCUGACAAUCAUUGGCAUCCUGAAUACUGUAGCAGAUGUAUCGUAUGUAAUACAAAGCUUAUCCUCUUCCGGAGUCGUACUCUCUCUUCUCAAGACACUUCCAUUAGCUAAUGGCGCUGUCGUCCUACAAGCUAUCCAUUCUUA